UGAGACCGGAGCGACGGGGACUCACUUCUCCUCUCUGCUCGCCUUUUCCACUUCUUCUCUAUGAUCUCCACACAUCUGCUUCCUCCGGUCCGCUGAGUUCCCUCCGACUUCCCACUUCUUCCUCACAACUCCGGUUUGUUCCCCACUCCGAUCUCCUCCUUCCAUCUCCGUCUGAUUCACCGCUUCACCCGUCUACUUGCAACAACACCUGGUCCUCAUAAUCCCUUGCUGAGGAAGACAGACAGGGAGCCCUCUGACCCUCGCCCUUCUGGGUCACCAUGGCAACGGUCAUCUGCACCCGCUUCACCGAAGAGUAUCAGCUUUAUGAGGAGCUCGGCAAGGGAGCGUUCUCCGUGGUGCGGCGCUGCGUGAAGGUCCUGUCAGGUCAAGAGUAUGCCGCCAAGAUCAUCAACACUAAGAAGCUGUCGGCCAGAGAUCACCAGAAGUUGGACCGCGAAGCUCGAAUCUGUCGUCUACUCAAACACCCAAAUAUAGUCCGACUACACGACAGUAUUUCAGAGGAGGCGCAUCAUUACCUCAUCUUUGACCUGGUCACCGGAGGAGAGCUGUUUGAGGACAUCGUAGCAAGAGAAUAUUACAGUGAAGCGGAUGCAAGUCAUUGUAUCCAGCAGAUUUUAGAGGCUGUUCUUCACUGUCACCAGAUGGGCGUUGUCCACCGCGACCUCAAGCCCGAGAACCUGCUGCUGGCCUCCAAGUCAAAAGGAGCUGCCGUCAAGCUGGCCGACUUUGGACUCGCUAUCGAGGUGGAGGGAGACCAGCAGGCAUGGUUCGGGUUUGCUGGAACGCCUGGUUAUCUGUCUCCAGAGGUACUGAGGAAGGAUCCUUACGGCAAAGCUGUUGACCUCUGGGCCUGUGGUGUCAUCCUCUACAUCCUACUGGUGGGCUAUCCUCCAUUUUGGGAUGAGGAUCAGCAUCGUCUUUACCAGCAGAUCAAAGCUGGAGCAUAUGAUUUCCCUUCACCUGAGUGGGACACGGUGACUCCUGAAGCCAAAGAUCUCAUCAACAAGAUGCUGACCAUCAACCCUGCUAAACGCAUCACUGCUGCUGAAGCUCUUAAACACCCCUGGAUAUCUCAUCGCUCCACCGUGGCGUCAUGUAUGCACAGACAGGAAACCGUGGAGUGCUUGAAGAAGUUCAACGCCCGGAGGAAACUGAAGGGAGCCAUUUUGACAACCAUGCUGGCCACCAGGAAUUUCUCUGGAGGAAAGAGCGGCAGCAACAAGAAAGCCGACGGAGUCAAGGAAUCUUCUGAGAGCACAAACACAACUAUCGAGGAUGAAGACACCAGAGUGAGGAAGCAGGACAUCAUCAAAGUGACAGAGAUGCUCAUCGAGGCCAUCAGCAAUGGAGACUUUGAGAGCUACACCAAGAUGUGUGACCCGGCAGUGACCGCUUUCGAGCCUGAAGCUUUGGGAAACCUAGUUGAAGGCUUGGACUUCCACCGCUUCUACUUUGAGAACUUGUGGUCCAAGAACAGCAAGCCCGUCCACACCACCAUCUUGAACCCUCACAUCCACCUGGUGGGAGAGGAGGCGGCGUGCAUCGCGUACAUCAGAGUGACGCAGUACAUCGACUCCAACGGGACGCCACGCACCGUCCAAUCGGAAGAGACGAGGGUGUGGCACCGCAGGGACGGGAAGUGGCAGAUUGUGCAUUUCCAUCGUUCUGGAUCACCAUCUACGCUUAGCAACUAACUUCUAUUGGGGUCACUCCUUUGUUGGGCUCACCGCCGCCUUGACAACUGAUUGAUUGACAGCAGGUCAAGCGUCUGACACCACCUAUACGGGAAUCCUUUGAGUUUGAGACAGGCAAUGGGAGUCGAUGACGAAGGCGGAGCCCGACAGCCCUCCCCCGACGAACUGCAACACACUUCACCCCAGCGACACGCUUCUUCCUUUCUGCACCUUCAGACUUUAGCCCCGCCCCCACCUGGUUCACCAAUGAGAUGGAGCACAACUGCACAAGCUCUUUUUAUUGAGAAAUCUCAAAUCUGUUUUUUUUCCUUCCACAGCUGAUCUCAUCACAGCGCCCCCCUGUGGCUAGUCAGCGCUUGAUUUCAAGUUCCCACCAUUUCUUGUAUUUUUCUCUGUCAAAUGUCAAGCACAAGUUCAGUGAACAUUUAGUGGCAGCCCACUGUAGGGGGCAGCGCUGUGGUGGAUUCAGAAACUCAGAUUUGGUCAUGUUUUCAUUCAGAAACUUAAAACUCGAUCUGAUCUCUUUCAUUCAACCCAGAGACAAGAAUUAAGUGCACAAUGAGUUGCCAUGGUAACUAAAUAACCACAAUCCUAUUUAGUUCCUAACGCAGCAUCACCGCAAUAAAACCAUUUAGAUGUGAAGUUCACGCAAAAUUGUCUCCAUCACACCUCAGGAGCUAAAAGGAGUUUUUCCAUUCUUCAGAACCUUGAAUGUUUAUUUCUUCCCGCGACUACCUUCAGAGUCAGAGAGUUCCAGGAACUUCCUCUGGACUGUGAUGUUCGAUCUUCCAUGAAACCGCCACACCUCCACUUGGACCACCCAACCCACCGCUCACACCUAGUCAGGGCUCCUCACAAGAAGAUGCUUCAACGGUCUUAAAUAGAACAGGGUGGGGUUCUUACAAGUGCUAAUGGUUCUCGUAAUGGGGCGUGGUCUGAAGGGGUGUGGUCAUUUACUUGCUUGUUUUUGGAGCCUUAACGAUCAGUUAUUUAAGUGCAUCUUGAAGUUAACCAACGUCCCGCCCGCUCACGUUUCCUGGGUUUAUCAGCGUGCUGUGAAUCAGGAAGUCUGAGGUUUGGUGGGAAAAACGCUGUUUAAAAAAGUAGUUGUUUGUGUUCCUUCCUCCUCAGUGACGGUGUUAUUCUGUACGGACAAGUGAUUUACUGCAUGCCAGACUUGAAUUUGUGUUUCGUGUUAAACGUUCGCCGCAUUAAAGAGUCUCGCUCUUCCCGAGACUCCACUUGCACUUAGCUUCGCGAGCCCUCCUCACUUCAGAGGGAAGGCUGCUGCUAGCCGCGAGUUUCCCGAGCGCUAUGACUUUAAUAUACCGCAACUUUUGACUCGUGUUUGGUCUUGAAGGCUUCAAGCAGCUUUUUACUGUCGAGGGAAUGUACAACUUUGUAAAAUGACAUUCUUACUUUGACGUUAUGAAAGCAAUUGUAUAUUCACAAGCUUCUGAAUGUUCCGAUAAGACUUCCAGUGCUAGCAUCGCUUGUAGAAAAACGCAUUGUGCGUUAUUCGCUUAAUUAUGCCGUAUUCGUUAGUUUGAUUCAAUAUUGAGGAGAACCUGAUGAAUGUUUUCAAUUUACUUGACAAAAUAGCGCCCCCUGGGGUUGUAUCUUAUUAUUGUUAUCUUGUCUCUCGUGUUUACUAUGAAGUCUCACCAACUUAAGUUGGGGAUUAUAAAUCACACUUCCAAAAACAUUAUCUUUCCCCCUAUUUUUUCCACUGUAACUCAUGACUUAAAAUCAAAACAGGAUUUCUUUAGCGAAGGAACAACUUGCCUGUUUAUUAAACGAUCCGAUAGCUUUCUCCAACUUCCAUAAAGUUAUGCACAUGAACAAAACUACAGCAAUAACCAGACAGCUAUUUUAUGUGCUGAGAUUUCUGACUCGAAUGAGGAUGUGACUUGGUAUUUUUCACGUCACAACCCCUGUGACAGACCUUACCCAAAAACCUCAAAGCAUCUUAUAGUGAAACGAUUCCUCUGGGAUCUCAAAACAAAACACAUCCCACUCCUGACUGCAUUUGUUGAAAAUACAGGCUGUAAAAUGUUUAUUCAGACAGGGUUUGAUAUCAGGUCAGGGUCAGAUGAAUGUUUCUUCAAUAGUAAACUGUCAGUUUUCUUUUCACACACUUACGAACUACAGGAAAUACUACUGAUGUCGUUUUCUAGAAGUACUGGUUUCUUAAAGAGGGUUUCCUCAAGAGAUGACUCUCGUUCAUUUACAAAGAAAAUCUUCCUGAAACAGAGCGACAGGAAACACCUCAGCUCUGUCUGAGGACCAGUCAGGUUAGAAGUGUUAGCAAUAAUUGUGACAUGCAGCAUGCUAACUUCAUCUUUACUCAUCCAUAGCAACCUGCUGGCUCGAUUGAGAGAAGAAAACACGCUAGCAGUCUUGAUGUGGCACCCAUUUAUUCCUACUAUUUACCCUCUUGUGGUGAUGCAAAUAUAUAGAGGAAUAAUAUUCUGAUAUUAUUCACAAGAUGAUUUACUUGAAAGUCACAUUUUGAUAUUUCAAAUUUAGCUCAGAGCACAAAGUGUUCGUUGUUUCCCCAGCGCCAUGUUCACACACUGCCAGAUCAAUGAUCAAUAAUCUGCUGCCGCUCUUCUAUUAUGAUGAAUAUUGUUGUGUAUUAUCUGCUGCAUGCUUGUGUGUAACUGUGUGUUUGUGUGUGUGUGAGAGAGGGACUGAGUAUUACUUUUUAUUUUGAUUCACUAUUCUCCUGCACCAUGUUUCAAGUGAUUCUGUAAAUAAACUGAGGUGGUCAAACGA